CACACACACACGCGCGCGCGCGCGCGGGGAGGAUGCUACCUCGGUUCAGACAACAAACGCGGAGCUGAAGAGGAACCGGACUAACUAACGGACAGACCGACACCGACACCAGGAUCUACCGGGCACCGAGCUACCGGGACCGGGCCGAACCUCCCACCGGGCCGGGCCGGACCGAACCUCCUCCCCGUCGGUGUGAUUCUCCGGUGAGUGCGCGGCGGACAAGAGAGGAGGGAGGAUGAAGAAAAGCAACCAGAGCAGACGGGUUCAGGACUUGGGUCAGCAGGCUGUCCAGCAGCCGGAGAAAGUGGGCUGGAUCAGGAAGUUCUGCGGUCGAGGGAUCUUCAGGGAGCUGUGGAGGAACCGGUAUGUGAUCCUUAGAGGAGACCAGCUCUACAUUUCUGACAAGGAGGUGAAAGACGAGCGGAAGGCACAGGAAGUGUUCGACCUGGCUGAUUACGAGCGUUCGGAGGAGCUGAGGAAAGCAAAGAGUCGCAGCAAGAAAAAUCACAGUCGCUUCACUUUGCUGCGCUGCAGACAGCCAGGAAACACUGUUCCCAACCUUGUAUUUCUAGCGGUGAGUCCUGAGGAAAAGGAAUCAUGGGUCAACGCCCUCAAUGUGGCAAUCAUCAAAGCCAAGAACCGCAUUUUAGACGAGGUGACUAUCGGGGAGGACAGUGCCCUGGUUCAUCGCACCAGAGACCGGGCAAAGAUCCCUCAUGGCCGCCGGUUGCCGACCAGAGGGCACCUCAUGGCCGUGGCAUCCACCUCCUCCCAUGGCAUGCUGACCCUUGACCUGGUUGCUGAGGAGGAUGGCUUCUCCCCGGGCUAUGAAGGCAACUCCCGGGAUUCCUGGGAGAACUUACAAAUCGACCUGCAGAGGGGUGGUUCGUGUGGACAGGUGGCAGCAGUUGGAUAUUUGGGGGUUCGUCAGCGAGCUGGCACUGACGUGUCAAAGCUACGGGUGACCUCCAAGGAACCCAAGGUGAAGACCAGCAGUCUGCCCAGGGGGAGUGAGCUGUCCUGGGGCAAACAUUCCCACUUGGAGGUCUCCAAGAUCCACAAACCCCAGCAGGUGCAGGUCCUUCAGGCUCAGUCGCGAACGCCACAGCCAGGGAAGAGGUUAAGCAUGCAGGGCCGGAGUCGCUGUGCCUCUAUGGAUGAAGUUCUCUCCUCCAGACCAGCGAUGAUUCGCUCCGAGUUGCGCUCAGCUCUUCAGCGUUGUCCAACCGAAGAGGAGGCUGGGGGAGGGGCUUCAGUGCAGCCAGUCGGUCAGCUGCAGAGUCUCAUCGCCCAGAGGAUGCAGAGAGCUCAGGAGCUGCUGGAGGAGAUGAGACUGCAGGAGCUGCAGAAGGCCAAAGCAGAAAGAGAACGAGGAGGCAGUUCACCCUACCUGAAGGGCAUCGACUCCCCUCGCCUCCACCACCUCAGGGGCUCAGACUCUCCUCACUCCAGCAGGUCAUCUGGAUCUCCGCGAAGCAGGAGCAGCGACUCUCCUCGACUGCGGGGCAAAGAAUCUCCUCGUCUGAGAGGAAGAGAGUCUCCUCGAUCCAAAGCCAAGAGGAAUCGCUCCAAAGGAACCGAAUCGCCUCGCUCCAGAGGAUCCCAUUCACCUGCCGCUAAAACAAACGACUCUCCCCGACUGAAAGAUUCACCCUGUCUGAAUGCCACCAACUCUCCUCGGACAAAGAGCUCCGACACAGUCCAUUCACCAAAACUCAAGGGAUCGUCCACCUCUUCUUGUCCCAACAAGGAGCACAACUCUCCUGUACAGCAAUCACAUGAAUCACCUCCAAGUGUCGGAGGAUCUGGUUCCUCUCAGGUUAAAGGAUCUGCUUCACCACAGGGGAGUGAAACAGACUCCCCUCAUUUGGGGAACAGCAAGGGGUCACCCUGUCAAAGUCAGAAGAACUCCCCGAGUCUUUCUGGAUCGUUCGAGUCCCCGCAGCCCAAAACCCCAGACAAACACCGCUUGUCUCCACCUCUGCCCUCCUUGCUUCCCUCCCUGCUGUCAGAGGACCUGGAGGUUGAGAGAAGGCGUGAGGAGGCAGAGCGCCUCCUGGAGGAGGCUGUGUCAUCGUGGAAGGAGGCGCAGGAGGUCCUGCAGGAGGUGAAGGAGCUGCAGAGCCAGACACUGCGGCGGCAGCGCAGGAGGACCUAUGAGAAGAUGACAACAGCAGCAGCGGCUGGUUUGCCCACAGCGACUGUAGCAGCAGAUGAGGAUGACACGCCUACCUCACCAACAUCACCUGAGGGGGAUGACGAGUCCGAGACACCUUGAUGAGGAUUUUGUUUUUACAAAUAUUCAUUGGAUUGAAUUUUCUCAGUGGGAGUAGCAGCGUUUUUCAGCAUGCAGAUGGAUUUGCAGAAUUUGGGGAUUUUUAAUUCUGUUCCUCAAAUGUUUUUCAUCUUUUAAUCUGGGGAUGGCGGGAUGCACGUGAACACUUAAGCAAAUGUGGAUAAUUUUGAAACCAGCGAUACAGUUCUUCCCAGGAGGUUUAAUGACUUUAAUCCUCCACAGUGCACAGACUGUCAUCAGUCAGACGCCCUCUCACUUCUGCUUCCCUUUUUAUCCCAUAAAGUCUCUUUGUGUGACAGAUGUGUCACAUUUAAUUUGAGCAAAUACAAUUUUAAUGGAGAGGCACUCCCCUUCACCUUCUCUAAUGGUGCUGCACGUUUUUCUUCUUUGUCUUUUAUCGCUGAAAGUGAAGUGAAAAGCCUCUCUGUCAAAUUCAAAGACAAGUUCUUCCCCAAGAGUCUUUUGGAAGAGAUAUUCAGGGUUUUGUGAAGAUGAAAAAAGACAGUUUGUCAUUUAAAGAGACAUUUUUUUUCCAAGCAAAGAUGUCAACAUUUAUACAAUGGGAAACUUUUUCAAUAUGACAAAAACAUGAAGGCACCGAAGAGCAUUAUGUUUCCUAAGGGCACAGUGGUGUUUGGGGGGAUUCACCAAAUAUGGACUUCCAAUAUUGACACUGAUUACUAAGAAUUUAAAUAUCUGUUACUUGAUUUAUUUACUAAUAUAUAUUAUGUCUUCUUGUGUGAUAUUUCUGUUAAAAUAAUCUAAAUUGUCAAUCUCUGAUUUAGUUGUAGCCCACUUUAUCCUUCCCAAAACAUCCCUCUUGCUCACGGUUCACUGUUGAUAUUUUUAAUCUCACAGACCUUUGACAAGCUUCAAGAAAAAAUCAGGGAGUUUAAUUUUCUACACCAUGAAGAGAGAAUAAGCAAUAAUGUCAGUGAGAAACAAAGAAUAUGUCUUCUCUGACACUGUACUCGUUAAUGUAACAGAACAAAAAGCAUGGCUUCAUUAACCUGCUUGGGGGCAAACUGAUGUAAACUCCUGCUCCUCCCACUCUCUGUGCAAUAUGUACCUUUUUUCUUUGCCGAAAUACUACUUGGCUCCUGAUUUGCUGUGUGGUGAUAUUAAUAUAAGAUUAAAUGAAGAAUACAUACAAGGUUAGUACAAAUCUGAAACCAUGAGGAUUUUAAAAACUAACAGGUACAGGUAAUUCAGCAGCACCCAGCUUAUUUUAUCAGCUGAUAUUUGUGCUUUAGUGCUGCAUCAAUUUAAUUAGCACAAAUAGUACCCUAACUGUUUUUAAAGGACGACCUAAAAAAUCAAAUGAAAUUGAUUUUUUUCUUCACAGUUUCUUCUAAAUAAAUCUAGAACAAAGGAAACACUCUGCACAUCUAUUAAACAAGACAGGUGCGUUGGAGAGAGAAGACCAAAAAGUUCAAAAGUUGCAAAAGGACUCUGCACACUGUCUAACUUGCAAUGUAUAAUUUAUUUAAGAUAAGAUAAGAUAAGAUAUACUUUAUUGAUACCCCAGGAGGGAAAUUCAAGUAUCAGAGCAGCACAAGACAAAAUCAAAGGACAUUAAAUAGAAUAAGAUUAAAGAGAGGAAAAAAAAUUAAAGAUAAUGAUAGAUAAAUAAAAGAUAAAAUAAAAUUGUUACAUCAACUGCGACGUUUCGGUACUAGACCUUCAGGCAAACAGUUUUUUG